UUGGCUUGAAAAGUGUUCCUGUGUGCUCCGGUAGUUAGGGAUAGAAUGAUUCCUUGGACACACUGGGAAUCAAAGGAGCCAAAAAUGAGUCACGUGGACGAAUACAGACCUCACAUUUAAUUAUAUAAUAAUACUACAGCAAGCACAAUUGGAGCAGCCUUGCUGACCUCACAGCUGAAAGCACUAUUUAAGAUCUGGCUACCAGAUGUUCCAACAGAAUCUAGCCAGCUGCUAGCAGAGGUUACCCUGAGUGUUUUAACAGAGAAUAUUUACAGCCUAAUAGUUCGGAAGAGAUGAUUGCACUAAUCUUCUUUUUUGCCCUGCUGUGGGACAACGCUGAAGCAUGGGGAUUCAAGGACGGAGUGCUGCAUAACUCCAUUUGGUUAGAACGAGCAGCUGGAGUGUAUCACAGGGAGUCUCGCACUGGAAAGUACCAGCUUACCUAUGCAGAAGCAAAAGCCGUCUGUGAGUACGAAGGAGGACAUCUAGCCACCUAUCAGCAGCUGGAGGCAGCAAGAAAAAUAGGUUUCCACGUGUGUGCGGCUGGCUGGAUGGCAAAGGGCAGAGUUGGUUAUCCCAUAGUAAAAGCUGGACCCAACUGUGGCUUUGGGAAGACUGGUAUUGUUGAUUACGGGUUUCGCCUCAACAGAAGCGAGAGAUGGGAUGCCUACUGCUACAAUCCUAACGGAAAAGAGUGUGGUGGAGUCUUCACAGAUUCAAAACAUGUUUUUAAGUCACCAGGCUACCCAAAUGAGUAUGAAAAUGAGCAAAUUUGCUACUGGCAUAUUAGAGUAAAGUAUGGACAACAGAUUCAUCUACAGUUUCUAGAGUUUGAUGUUGAAGAUGACACUGCUUGUAUGGCUGAUUUCUUGGAAGUCUACGAUAGCUAUGAUGAUAUCAAUGGCUUCGUGGGCAGGUUCUGUGGAGAUGAGUUGCCAGAUGAUAUCAUUAGCACAGGAAAUGUUAUGACCUUGAAGUUUUUGACAGAUGCCUCAGUGACAGCUGGUGGUUUUCAGAUUAGAUAUGUUACUAUGGACAUGCCUUCAAAAUCAGGUGACGGAAAGAAUACAACUUCCCAAGGAAAAACAAACUUCUUAUCUGGAAAAUUUGGUAUUAUGUGAGCAGAUUAGCAAGGUAUAAUCCUUAAGAAACAUGUUUUAGAACCCAGUUCAAAUAUCUGUUUCUUCAGAUAAGACA